ACAUCCUGGCCGCCGCCGCGGUGCAAACUCCGUCCUGUCUGUCCGUCACACUUCAUUGUCGUGUUGUUUAGAACCCCUCCCUUCCCCCUUUUACCCUUUCUUCUUAAAGGAAAACGACAGCCAGCGUUUGUCGCGGUAAAUGUUUAACACUGAGAAAGUGGUUCCUGGCAGCGCUGCUGCUGCUGCAGCUGGUAGUGGUGGUGGUGGUGGUAGUGGUGGUGGGAGAAGGCACUCUGUUUCUCCAGGGGAAAGGGGAUCAUUGGUGUUGAAAGCAAACACCCAGGACAGGGCGAAGAGCAACUGCAGCAGCCCAACCUCAGCAGCUGCAACCGCGGAUUCGAUGCGGAUCGUCCGUGAGGAGCAGCAGAACCACCACCAUUAUCAUCCGGAAGCUGGCAAGGUUGUGGAGGGUUUACUCAGCAAGUACACCAAUCUGAUCCAGGGCUGGCAGCACAGGUAUUUUGUUCUGAAUUGCGAGUUGGGCGUUCUGCAAUACUUUGUAAAUGAACAAUGCAAAGGUCAGAAGCCACGAGGAGUUCUACAUUUGUCUGGUGCAUUGAUCUCUCCCAGUGAUGAAGUUUCCCACAUGUUUGUAGUCCAAGCUGCCAGUGGUGAGCUGUAUAAACUCAGAGCGGGGGAUGCUAAAGAGCGACUCUAUUGGGUGAACCAGCUUCAGGCUUCUGCCAAGCACCACACAGAAAAUAAUACUAAGACUACUCCUUCAACAAGAGCUAGAAGUUUAUCUUUACUUCCUCCUGGGAUAUCGAACCCAGCAACUCAUGGUAGCCAGAAGCACCUGACACACAGUGGGCCAGGAAUUAUCACUAUCACCCAUCACAAGUCUCCCGCAACCAGCCGACGUGCAAAGAAUCAGUGUCCAGGCCGUCUUUUAGAUGUUAAAGAGAUGAUGAAUCAGGCAGAAGGACAGCAAAAAAGUCUUGUGCAUUCAAUAGAAUCUCUCCCACCUUGUGGGCCUCUAUCUGCAUUAGAUCAAGAUUUGCUGCUUUUGAAAGCUACCUCAGCUGCUACCAUGAGCUGCCUUGGUGAAUGCUUGAACAUUUUGCAACAAAGUGCACAGCAAGCUGUCCAGCAUAGCAAAAAAUUGUCAGCUGAAACUGUGCUAGGAUGGCAGGGACCAAGAUCUCGUUCAGCUGAGCAGUUGAAGAAUGGAAAUAUAUGCGCUUCACCUUCAAUGCCUUCGAAUAAUGCAAAUAUUGUGUGGUCUGCAACACCUAGUCAGGUCAAACAAGGACUGCGGCACCCUUCUGAGCAUCAAAAUCCUGAAGUGAUAAAUCCUGAAGAUGAGAUAACAGACAGUGAGGAUAAUGUAGAGGAAGACUUGGGAGUCAUGGAUGAUCAGCGUAGCGUUAUCCUACACCUCCUUUCUCAACUGAAACUCGGCAUGGACCUUACUAGGGUGGUACUUCCAACUUUUAUAUUAGAGAAAAGGUCGCUGCUGGAAAUGUAUGCAAAUUUCAUGGCCCACGCAGACAUCUUUGUGUCAAUCACUAGUGGUAUAACACCUGAAGAGCGGAUUAUCAGUUUUGUGGAAUAUUACCUGACUGCUUUCCAUGAGGGCCGAAAGGGAGCAGUUGCAAAGAAACCCUAUAAUCCAAUAAUUGGAGAAACGUUUCAUUGCUCUUGGGAUGUGCCAAAAAAUAAUGUAAAAUCCAUUUCAGCCAAUGGAAUUUUAACAUUUGGCAAGGAUCAGCCCAAACCCCAGCAAGCCUUCGAGCCGAGCAAGGACCCAACAGAAUGCUACCGCGUGAGAUUUACAGCAGAGCAAGUUUCCCAUCAUCCACCGGUUUCUGGAUUUUACUGUGAAUGCAAGGAGAGGAAAAUUUGUGUGAAUGCACACGUGUGGACCAAGAGCAAAUUCAUGGGCAUGUCCAUAGGGGUCACCAUGGUGGGGGAAGGUGUUCUUUUCCUUGGAGAGCACGAUGAGGAGUAUGUUUUUACAUUGCCAAGUGCCUAUGCACGUUCAAUAUUGACAGUCCCUUGGGUAGAACUAGGGGGUAAAGUCAGUAUUAACUGUGCCAAGUCUGGUUACUCUGCUGCAGUCACAUUCCAUACAAAGCCUUUCUAUGGAGGAAAGGUCCACAGAGUUACAGCUGAAGUGAAGCAUAAUCCAACAAACACAAUUGUAUGCAAGGCACAGGGGGAGUGGAAUGGAACUCUUGAAUUCACAUACAGUAAUGGAGAAACAAAAGUAAUUGAUACAACCAAACUGCCAAUAAUAAGAAAGAAAAUACGGCCCAUCAAAAAACAAGGGUUGUUUGAAUCUAGGCGUCUUUGGGAACAGGUUACCAAUGCACUACAAGCUGGAAAUAUUAGUGCAGCAACUGAGAACAAGCACGUUUUGGAGGAGCAGCAGAGAGCUGAGGAAAGACAACGAGCAGCAUCAAACACUCUUUGGAUGCCAAAGUAUUUUCAAAAAGAGGGCGAUGGUUGGGUGUAUCAUAGUCCCCUCUGGAAAACACAAUGCUGACAGAUCCACCUUAAUUUUUGCCACUACCUCAGAUUUCCUCUCAUUUGGCUGUUGUCAUCUGCAAAAGAUUCUGAGGUGAUGAUGAUAAGACAAAAGUUAAAAAGUGACUACGCUGUAUAAAGCAAAAGAACUUUUAUUAAACAAGACAUAUAUUGUGUAUUAAGUUAAAAUAGUUGCAGGUUCACCAAAACAAAUUUAUUCAGGCACUGUCCUGUACACAACUGGCACCUGCUUGUUAGAGAUUGAAAUGUUAAUGAUGGAGAAAUUUUAUUUUACUGUUUCAAGAUUUUAUAUUUUUCACUUGCAAAGACUUGUUUUGCACAUAUAUAAAGAAAUGUGCCAUUGAUGUAGUCACUUUCGGCUGUAUGUAUGAACCAAAAGAUGUAAUUCAUUGUCAAAAGUGUUUUAAUAUGAUUAUUGAGCAUGCCAUUACACAAGCAUUAUAGCAUACAGCACUAUUAUGCACAUGGAUCUUUUUAUUGCUAUGAUGCGCUUCAUCACAUGCGCAAGUAAAGCCAUAACACCUAGUUUCUUUUUUAAGUUAUUCCAAAUGAAUAGCGUUUUGAACACAUGCAUCUACUAAGAAACACAGCCAUUUCUGUAUCUGGUGUGAUAUGCGGCUGAAAUUGCUAGUUUCCAUAAACUAAGAAGAAGGGCUAUUUAGUUCCCAUGUGCAAUCAGUAAAACUUCUGUACAUUGAAAAUGAUCUUUAAAAAGUUAUUUUAAUCCUUUUAAUACCCCUUCUGCACCCCCUCAUGUUCAAAAUAAUAGAGACGCAAUUAGGAGAAUUGAGCUGGCUAAGGGUUUUAAAAGUGUCCUUGUCUCAAACACAAAACAGUAGUAAACUGUACUGUUGCAGUUAUUUUCAAUUUAUAAUUUAAAGCUCAGAAGAACUGCUAAUGACUGGCUGACUGAGAAGAUGAUUAUCAAAAUAUUCCAUGCAUUUGUCUGAGAUCUCUUCUUGUCUUUGCAUCUAUUCGUGAUUCCUUAUUCAUUUAUAAAUUCAUUUUUAUGCACUCUUCUAAUUCUGCAUAGCUAUGCACCAGCAAGUAAGUUACCUCCUUGCAAUUAAUAGAAAGCAUAUAACUGUAUGUCAACACAGACCUCUAUCAUGGACCUGCAUUUUGCUCCACAGUAUCUACUUUAAAAAAAUGAUAUCUCAAAAACUGUGUCACUGCACUAAAAAUGUGGAAGUUUCAAUUCAGAACAAUUGUUCAGGCAUGUUUGACUUUAGACUGUCCACUUAAAGUUUGUAUUUUUUGAACAGAAGUCAUUUUUGGGUGCUAGGAAAAAUUUCAGUUAUACCUCUGUGAGUUCUAAUGGUAUUAUGAUACAAUGUGACAUUUAAUUCUGGGGAGAAGCAGCAUAAUAGAAAUGUCCUUUCACAGAGGCAGAGGGCAUUAGUGAAUGUUGGGAUGACACUGAUAUUCACAAAAAUAGGCUAAUAUAAUUACUAAAAUAAAAGUCACCAGCCAUUUCAUUGCAGUACUUCAAAACGCUUCAGUGCAGAUUUCAUAUAUACUCGUACAGCAUAGAAACAGACCCUUUGGCCCAACAUAUCUAUGCCAACCACAUAUCCCAAACCUAACUAGUCCCAUUUACCUGUGUUUGGUCGAUAUCCCAUCAAAUCUUCCCUAGCCAUGUAUGUGUCCAAAUGUCUUUUAUAAAUGUUAUAAUUGUACCUGCCUCUACCACUUCCUCUGGCAGCUCAUUCCAUACAGGCCCCACCCUCUGCAUGAAAAAGUUGCCCCUUGCGUUCCUUUUAAACCUUCUCCCCUCUUCCCUUAUGCCCUCAAGCUGUGGACACUCAUCUGCCUGACCUGCUGUGCUUAUCCAGCCACACACUCUCAACCCUUGGAAAAAGACCUUAGCUAUUCACUUUAGCUAAGAUCAACCAGUCUAAUAGUCUGUUAUUGAUUUUACGAUCCACUCACAAUUCUUCUCAUUCUUUCUCGUCUAACUCUAUGAAUAUAGCCUAUCUCUAUUCGCUCCUUCUUCAUUUCUAUUCUAUCAAAGCAAAUUCUUUGUCACAAUUCCGUGUGUUAAACAAGUUCUCUUAAAAUUCCUAUUUGAUGUCUUGAUCACUAUCUUGUAUUGAUGACUUCUACCUUCCUUAUGCAGAAGGCCAAUAUCUACUGAAGACGACAAAUGCUGGAUAUCACAGUGGGUCAGACAACAUCCAUGGAGAGAGCAAGCUAACAUUUCGAGUCCAGAUGACUCUUUAAUGUUCCCCAGAAACAACCUCUUUGUCUAUUCUGUUGUACCAUUUAAAAAUAUCUAUAGAGUCACCCUUCAGGCUUUUCUUUUCAAGAGAAAGCAGACUCUAAUAUUUUUUAUUUCUUCUGAUAGGUAUAACUUUGUAGUUUUGAUAUAAACCUUGUAAUAAUUUUUACACCCUCUAUAAUAUAUUUUUUUCCUUUUUAGUAUAUGACAACCAAAACUGCACAAAGUAUUUAAAAGUGAUCUAACUGAAUUUUGCUACGAAUUUAAGAUAACAUCUCAACUUUUCAAUUCAAUUUUCAACUUUUCAGCUCUGUCAGGUAUAGUUCAAGGUAAAAGAGUAAAAAGAUGUACUUUUCUAAAUUUGUUUUCUUAAAGCUGAAAUAGUUGGAGGUUCCAAAUGUAUUCAUUUUCUUUUCAUUUUUAUAUGUGUCAACUUUUAUAAGAAGUAUUAAUUUGAAAUCAUCACUUUAUAUGUAACAUUUAUCAUUUUUGGAAUAAUGUUGUUUUCUUCUGUGAUGUGAAUUUCAAAAUGAUGGUUGCAGUAGAUCACAACCGAAUUAACAUUACGGAAAGUACAAUUGGCCUCAAAAUUUAAAUGUUAGUGGAGGACAGAAUUAGGCUUAAUGUGGAGGUGCUAUUGUUGGACUAGAGUGGAGAAAGUCAGAAGUCGCACAACACCAAGUUGUAUUCCAAUGGGUUUAUUUGUGAAGGCAAAUGUUGUGUGACUUCAGAAUUAGGUUUGACAGUGAAUACCAAUUCUCAUAUUUGAAAGACUUCCUGAUGGUCAUAAAGACAUUGGAGGGCUACUGCUUUUUGUAGUAUUGAACCAUGCCAUGUGUCACUAACUCAUGGAGGGGGAGGGUUUAUAUAAUCUGGUAAGAUUACAUAAACGUUGUGCAAUCUGCUAAAAUUACAUAGUUUUUUUACAAUCUGCUAAAAUUAUGUGAUUAUCAACUUCUCUAUGACUCCUAAGCAAAUGGUUUAUGUAACAAUAUUGUGAGGAGUUAUACAGCAUGAACAGAUCAGCAUGAUGCAAUUUUCCAGAACAGGAAGGUGAAGCAAUACCAUCUGCUUGGUGCUGCUAUCAUGUACUUGACAGAAUCUCCAUUCAGAAAAUUGUAAUUUUGAGUAAGCAGUAGGAUAUUUGCAAUAACUCAUUGUGACACAGGACAAAAAGCAAACGACAAGUGGUAGUGUGCCACAACAAUUGACCUUUGCUUCUUUGGCCAUCAAGCAGAAAAUCAAGCCAGCAUUGCUUGUUUAUAAAAAUAAAGGUCUUGAGUAAGAAAUAUUUUGUGCAAUAUAAAGUCACUAAUUAGUCACCCUUGUUCAUUCAACCUAUCAUUGUAAACAUAUAUUUACAAUAUUAUGCCCACUCAUUCCAUGGAUAAAAAUUAACAGAUUCAGCAUAAUACUGUAUUUGUGUGGUCAAAUUAAAUUUCAAUAUUAAAAUCAUAGAAUCCUUAUGGUGUGGAAGCAGGCCAUUUGGCCCAUCCAGCCCACACCAGCCCUCCGAAGAGCAUCCCACCGAUACCGACCCUUAACUAUGCAUUUCUCUUGGUUAAUCCAACUAGCCUGCAUGGUUUUGGAUUAUUGGAGGAAACCCAUGGGGAGAAUGUGUAAACUCCACACAGUUACUCGAGGGUGGAUUCAAAACCAUGUCCCUGGUACUGUGAAGCAGCAGUGCUGAGCCACCAUGCUACCCAUAUCUGCAGAUAUGGUAUUACUUCAACAUAGAAUUGCUACAUGGUUCAUGUUUGAUUUCAUUCCUUUGAAAACUAAUUGAUUUCUAGUUGUAAGCAAUUUUCUUAAUGAUGGGAAAGCUAUGGGGCAGCUGAAAACAACAGCUUCUCAGUGUACGUCAGAGGUCAACUGCUCAACAGGUUUGGUUGUAGACUGAAGAUCGGCCACCUUCCUGCUCUCUUAGCUGGAAAUAGGUAAACAUUCAUGGAAUUGGACGGGAAAGCAUAGAUAUGUUAAGAAUUAGCAUAUUUUUUAACAAAGGAGUUAAAUUAAUAAUUUAAUGCAUCUAAAGAAAGAUUAUAAGAAUAACAAAUCUUAAUUAAUUUACACGUUUUGAGGCAAGUGUCUGAGGCUUUGAUUGACCUAAGGCCCUUGGCCCUGAAAGUUUUCCUUAUAUUGGAUUCUGUACCUUGUGUGUACUGUUUUUCUUACCAUCCACUUUCAUCAAUGGUUGUAUUACCUUACCUGAGGUAAUAGAGUUAAGUAAAUCAAUACAAUUGUUCCAAAAUAACUUUUUUUGUUCAAUAAUUCCACUUUCUGUUCUCUAAUCAAACGUAAACAGUUUGUUAAAAUGUUUAUUGACUGUCUUACAACUGCUGCCAUUGUCCCAUUAAUUGUCACAUGGGAGAAAGACCUUCAGAUUAACUUGUGCAGUAGGUGCCAGAGAAUUAUUUUACCCUAGUGCUAUUUCUAAAUUGUUAGGGUUCAGUUAAAACAAGGAAUGAUGAAAUAAUGAAAGCCGGUGAAAAAUGGCUUUCACAUUUUGAGCUUCCUGUACAGGAUCUGUUUAAAAUGUGCAACAGGAAAUUAUUUGCAUUAAGUAGUUCUUUUAAGAGGAUUAAUCCUUUGCUUUUCUCUUCUACUUUAACCCCAUCAACUGUGCCAAAUAUUCAUGAGUUCAUACCUGUGCAAAUAAGAGUUUGUAACUUGCAUUGUUUGUGUGUGCAACAUUUAGACUUAAUUGAAAACUUGGUUAUUUUACUUGUUUGUUUGCGAAUGAUCUAUUCAGCUAAUGCUGGAGUGUCAGCUCCUGGAGAAGAAACAAUCAACGGCUUCUAAUUAUAUCUAACUUUAAACAAGUUCCUAAAAGAUGAUUAAUUACAAUAUCUGUCAAUUUUUUUCCUCUGUACUUUGGUCUCAAAUUUAAUGGCUGAGUUUGUGCUUUUCAUUUAAUAUGCUACAGGGUUUGAACAAUUUUUUCAACUUCCAAAAGAAAUCAGUGCUGUGUCAUGUAAUCUCAAUGCACCAUUCACAUCAGGAAGUGAAACUAAGGUGAAUAGUGAUUGUAAUAAACUAAGCCAGAGUAAGCAAUGUGAGUGAAAUAAAUGCACACGCUUUUAGUACAGUAUGAUAGUUCAUUUAAAAAAAAAUAGAAACUUUCAAUAAUGCUUACUUAAUGAACACUAAUGAAUUGGAAAUUUAAUAAAGUGAACCCAGUGUGCAGUGGUGAAAAUAGGUCUGAUUAACAGUACCCAUCAGAUUAGAAUAUCUGGACUGGAAUUUUUAAUUUGUGUUUUGCAAUGUCUGAAUCUAUUCAAUUUAAUGUUAAUAUUUGUGAUAGAAUUCAAAAUAGAAUUCAAAACUCUGAAUGAAAUUCAGACAGCCAACUACCGGAAUAGAAGUAUCCAAUUGACCAUGCCUAUAAUUUCAAACUAUCACAAUACUGUUACAGUAAAAAUAUUUCACAGUUCAUACACCUGGCUGAAACUAUGUUUCUACCUUUGACAGUUGCUUAAUAUGGCAGGUAGAAUGAUCGAGUUAUCCAUCCUCCUCUAACUUAGAUCAUGCAUCACUUCCAGCUAGCCUAUCAAGUUGUUAGACAGAGUUUGAGACAUUAAAUCUGCCAAUCACUUAAAAGCAUUUAAUUGUUUCAUGAUAAGUACACUUGUUUGAAGAAUAUUUAGAUUUGGGCCAAUAAGUUGAUUUUAUCGGCAAACCAUCAGGAACUAAGCCUUAAGUUUGUUUUGAGAUACCAUUUUCUUUCCAUUAUCUUGUAUUUGGAAAUUCUAAGUAAUACUCUUAAAAUUAUGCUCCUAACUGCAUUGCUCAUUUUACUGGAAUUAAGUUUUCACUUUAGCUCUUGGACAGAAACUGUGGGUUUAGUUUUUAGCUUAGAUGAUAAUCUUCACUCGUUUCCAUACUUAGCUACCUUUUUGAUCUCAAUAUCUAUUAGCUGACGGCAAAAUAGUGGCGAGCUUAAUGUCAACUGUAAAUUUUAUUUGUUAAGCUUCCAUGAAUAAACAUUCAGUAAGUGUGCUGCAACUAUAUGAGCGAUUGUAUUACCAAGACAGUGUCACGUGGACGCACUUGCUGAUGAAGUGUUAGCUCGUUGUAUCUCCAUGGAUUCUGCCUGGCCUGCUGUGAUCUCCAGCAUUUGUUGUUUUCUGUACAGAUUCCAGUAUCUACAGUAAUUUGCUCCUGUUGAUCCCUUUGUGUUUAUUUUUGUUAAUGGAUAUUUAGGAGCAAAGAGAAGUUAAAUUAAAAUAUUAUAACUCAUUUUGAAGGAUGAAGGGUGUUAUAAUGACAGUUAAGUAAAAUAAAGAUCCUUUAAUUUUACAAAUUAUAACUACUGUCUUGUUGCAAAUCUGUCUUGCGUUCAUGCACAAACUAAGCAGCAAACUUACAAUAUGCUGUAUUCAAAUUCAACUCUCCUCUUUUUGUGAAGGUUACUUCAUUGACCUUUGGUUGAUCUUUUUGAAAUUGAACUAGUUUAUUAAUAAGUAAAAUACGCAAAAACAAUUUACUGUCCCCUAUAGUAUGACCCUGGAUUAAUCUUGUAGAUUUGAAUUAAUCAAAGUAUAAAGACCUAUUAAGAAUAAACAAGCAUAUCAUUGUUCUGCAACAAAGCAGUUAUGUCUCUUAACUUUGCAAUAAAUAUUGAUUUUUUUUUCCAAAUGAAUACAAUACUGGAAGUCUAUUAUUUAUAAUUUAAAGGGGCAGUAUCAUACGUUUGUAUGUAAAUUAAUUGUUUGGAAAGCAAAAGCUUAAUGCAAUCUACUACAAUCUAUCUGUUAAUUGUUUGAAAACUAUUUAUUGUACAAGAAACCAUGUGAGGUUUCUAUGAAUGCCUUAUUAAAUGGAGCUUCCAUACAGUUCAGAAAUUCAGUGGUACCAGUUGGAACUUUUCUACGUGAGGCUCUGCUGUUUGUUGAACGAUGGAAACAUAGAUGUGACCUACUUGACUCUGUUAGUUUAAAAAUUAAUUUGUGUGGACAUUACUACAGAAUUAAAUUUACUACAGAAAUGGAAGUUGCAGUAUUAACAGUCUCCUUGACUAAAUGUUAAAUUGCAUAACACUGCAUAACUUUUAAUCAUUUGUUAUCAAUGUCUGCGCUCAGUCUAUCAGAGUGUUACCUUUUGAUAUCAAUCUUCAUUAGCUUUCAUUAUGGUGUGUUGCUAAGUGUAAAAUGUUUGGUUUCAUUCCUGACUAAGCUGACAUUUAGUUUGUAUUCUCUAGAAUAUUUUUAAGCACUAACACAAUGUUCUUUUUCUCAGCAUUUGUAAGUCCAUAAUUAAUUCCACAACAGUUACUUUUCAUUAUGCCAGUCAAAUGGCUUUAACUAAAUUACAUUCUUUCGAAUGUAGGCGUGUAAUAAGUUUAACCUGUGCGGCUUGCAAUUCGCAAAUUAACAUCAACCAAACUAUUACAUGUGCUUUGAACCUAUGCAACACUCCUUUUGUUAUAUAGCAAAGUAAAUUACAAUGGCGUGAAGAUGAUUUAUAAUACUGUUUUUGAUUUAGUAAUAAAUAUGACUUGGCAGUCACAUUUUAUCUUU